AUGAAAGCAUUUGCAUUAGCCGGCUUUCUUGGCAUAGCGUAUGCUUUUUCAAAAAACAUUGAAUCUAUUUAUAAAGAAUCUUUAAAUCCAUUACAAAAUCCACCACAAAAUCCACCACAAAAUCCACCACAAAAUCCACCACAAAAUCCGUCACAAAAUCCAUUAUUGUAUAUAACUGAAGGAAAUAUUUUUGCCUUAAUUCUAAAAAAUGCAAUGAAUACUGAAUGUAAAGCAAGGCUAAGAAAAUACUGUGAAAAUUUAAGAAAUAUGACUCAAAUUCUAGAAAGCUCCUUCCGUGUAUUAAAAGAACUAUGCGAAGAAAAAAAACUAGAUGAAAAGUGCGAUACUUUAAAAAAAACUAUUACAGAAAAAUGUACUAUACUUAAACAAAGUUUAAAAAGUAUCCGAAGUGAACCGUCCAUAAGUUCUUAUUGUUUGUAUGAAAAAGAAUGUAUGCGUAUAGAAGAAGCAUGUCCAAUAGAAGUUAAUGAAGAAUGCAAUUAUUUAAGAACAUCAUGUAGAAGAGAAAGAAGAGAUAAUCUGAAAACAGAAUUUCUUUUAAGAGUCUUAUCUGGCAAUUUGAAAACUCAAGAAGAGUGUGAGAAAAUAAUUGACAAAAAAUGUCUUGCAUUCAUGGGAGAAAGUGAUGAAUUGAUGAAGUUUUGUCUGACUCCCUUAAAUAGAUGUGAAGAUCUCAUAAAAUUAAUGGAAGAAAAGUGCAGUAGUUUACAACUUAAUGUAAAAAUUUUUCUUAUGGAUAUUAAAAUAUCAAAAGAAAAAUGUAAUUUAUUACUCGAGGAAUGUUACUUUCAUAACUCAAAUUGUAAUAACACUCUUAAUGAUGAAUGUAGAAAAAUAGAAAAAAAGUGUGAAAAUGAAGUAGAAUACAAAUAUUUUUCUUUACCAUUUAAUCCAGUAGGAAAAGAAAUUAUAUUAAUAGAAAAAGUUGGAAAAGAAAAAAUAUUCAAAGACGAAGUUGGAAAACCAGGGAUAAAGGAUACAAUUGAUCUUUUAGUAUUAUUAUUAAACAAUUAUUUUCAUAACUGUAAAGCUAAUAUUGAAAGUUGUCAUAAACUUUGCAGCCUUUUACCUCAAUUAGAGGAUUUAUAUGACAACACUAAGAAGAAAAUGGAUGAAAGCAAAAAAGAAAUAUGCGAUACCUUAGAAAAAAGAUUGAAACCUAAAUGCAAGUCUUUUAAAUCAAAAUUAUAUGAUUUAUCGCUAUCAGAUACUAAUGAAGACAAUAAAGAUGCUAC